AUGAGAUAUGCAAAGCCACCUCUGGAGAGCCUGCGUUUCCGAGCACCUGAGAAUCCAGAGCGUACAGAUGCAGUCCUGGAUGCAUCAUCGUUCGGGCCUCUUUGUGUGGGGGUGGGUCAGUCGGUCAGUGAUCUGAUGGCGGAGGAUUGUCUCUUUGUCAAUGUCUGGCGUCCCACGAACGCGACUCCUGACUCUAAAUUCCCGGUGUGGUUGUUCAUUCAGGGGGGUGGAUAUGCCAAUAAUGCAAAUGGCAACUAUAACGGGAGUGAGGUUGUCCAGCAAUCUGGUCAUGGUAUUGUUUUCGUCAACUUUAAUUACCGCGUCGGUGCCCUUGGAUUUCUUGCCAGUGAACAUGUUCGCAGGAAUGGUGACCUGAAUGUCGGGUUGCUUGAUCAGCGGAAGGCGCUCCAUUGGGUUCAGCAGCACAUUAGCCAGUUUGGAGGUGACCCAGAUCAUGUUGUCAUUCAUGGUGACUCUGCUGGUGCCGGUUCGGUGGCUCAUCACCUCACUGCAUCUGGUGGGCACAGUGCUGGUCUUUUUGUCGGGGCAGUGGCCGAAUCAACAUUCUGGCCAACCGAACGGACAGUUGAACAAAUGGAAUUCCAGUACGACCGGUUCGUGAAAGACCUUGACUGUGACAACGCCAGUGACUCCUUGACAUGCCUGCGUGCGCUGAAGAUUGAACCCCUUCAGAAGUUCAACAUCGACAAACCCUUUCCCGGGGGCAGCACUACGCCAUCACCAUUAUGGUAUUUCCUCCCGGUUGUGGAUGGUGACUUGAUUCCCGGUCCACUUUAUAGCCUUUUCAGUCAAGGCAAAUUCAUUCAAGUUCCUUUGAUUGUCAGUGAUGAUACCAACGAGGGCACUGGCUUUGCAUACAAUGCAAGUACCCCGUCCGAGGUGGCACAGUUCAUGAAAAACAACUACCCAGGACUCUCUCAAGAUCAGUUAAAUGCCAUCAACGAUGCUUAUCCUUUGAUGGAUCCUCUCCCUAAACAUGCAGCAUAUUUUUCUUCGGCUGCGGCUGCUUAUGGAGAGGCUACCUUCACUUGCCCAGGAAACUUGAUGGCUGCAGCUAUGGCAAAAAAGUCUUCUCGGGUUUGGAACUACCGGUUCAAUGUCCGUGAUCCUACAGAAAUUGCAAAUGGCAUGGGGGUUCCUCAUGUGUUUGAUUUACCUGCGAUCUUCGGGAUUGGGGAGACUAAUGAGCCCACGUACUCAUACGCGAACUCCAAUUCAAAGAUUGUGCCCGUCACCAUGGACUACUAUAUUAGCUUCAUCAAGGCUCUGGACCCGAAUGUUUAUAGAAACCAAGAGGCACCUGAAUGGCUUUCAUGGGGAUCAGGUACCGGGCAACGCUUGAGACUCCAGACUAAUGCAACGCAAAUGGAAGAUCUUCCCCGAGCGCAGUUGGAUCGAUGCUCUAUGUGGGAACGGCUGGCAAAAGAUAUGGAACACUGA